AUGUCUAGUGCCACUUCUGAGGCUCAAGUUCCCCUUCCCCAACCAGCCGCUGCCGACCCUCCCAUCUUCUCCGUAAUCCGACAAGUCUUAGCGUAUGAUCCGUUAUACGCAGAGGAUGUCAUCUCAGGUAUUCGGAACCUGCCAGCCAAUCGUCGUAGCAUUCUUAUUCUGCACGAAGACGAAUGCAUCGAUGGUCCAUCCAGCAAACCACACAAGGCUUCAAAUAAAUCAUCAAAAAAGCGUCAGAGGUCAAAAGACAAUUCGACUGCCGGUGAUGGUACCGGAGGUGAUCAGCAAGGGGACGGGGAGGGUGCUGGAGGUGCCCGAGAAGACGGCGCUGAUGAAACAGGCGACGGCGAGAGUAAUGGCAAUUCUCCACCAAAAAAGAAGCGCAGCAAGGAACGCAACCAGGACAAGAUUCGUCGCUGGAUUUGCCCGUAUCGUCUUGCAUACCCCGAGAUUCACGACAAUCGCGAUUUCAGCUACUGCUCUGCGAACAUGACUGCGGUGCACAAAUGGAGGUAG